AUGGGUGGAAUAGGGAAGACUACCAUCGCCAAGUUCCUAUAUAAUUUAAACUUCUCAAGAUUUCAAGGUAGCAGUUUCCUGGCAAAUGUGAGAGAGAUUUCAAAACAACAGGAUGGUUCACUUUGUUUACAAAGACAGCUUGUUUCAGAUAUUUUAAAGGGAAGGAAGGAGAAGACAUCCAACGUUGAUGAAGGUAUUGUCAAGAUUAAAGACGCCUUGCGUUUCAAAAGGGUUCUUGUGAUUCUUGACGAUGUUAAUAAGCUAAAACAGUUAUAUGCAGUGCUUGGAAUGCGUGAUUGGCUUUUUCCAAGGAGUAAAAUCAUCAUAACCACUCGGAAUGAGCACUUGCUAAGAGCUCGUGAAGGCUGCAAGGUGCACAGGAUAAUAAAGUUGAUUUAUGAUGAGUCCCUUGAGCUAUUCAGUUUGCAUGCCUUUGGACAAAGCCAUCCCAUUGAUGACUAUGCGGACACCUCAAAGUUGGUGGUUGAACAUUGUGAAGGGCUUCUGUUGGCAAUUAAAGUUUUGGGGUCUUCUCUAUUUGGAAAAAGCAUCGGAGUAUGGAAAAGUCAGUUAGAAAAAUUGAAAGCAAUCCCUGAUAACGAAAUCCUUGAAAAACUCAAAAUAAGCUAUGAUUCCUUACAACUCGAUCACGACAAAAGUUUAUUCCUCCAUCUUGCUUGUUUCUUUGUUGGGAGCGAUCACGACUAUGUCUAUUAA